ACGUUAAUAACGGAAAAUAGUUUGCCGGAAGUUAUGAUUGGUUUUGCCUUCAUCAAGCGUUCAACGACAAACGGGGGAACCAAUCUAUAAAUUCCAAUAUGGAAGAAUAUCAAGAAAAUUAAGAUUGGAAAUACGUGAUUCUGAAAUGAUGGAAAAGAAUCUUAAAAAGAAGAAGACAGGUUCUAAUGCUUCAGGUAGUAAUCGGUCUACCCCAGCAAGUUCAGCUAGUACUCUGACGAAGUCAGUGGACAAUAGUAGAGCCUCUAGCAGCAAGUCAGUAACUUCUGUGUCAAAGUCUGUCACCAAAUCACGAACAGAUUUUGUAAAUGGCUUAGAUGUUGCAAAACCAGAAGCAAUAACGGGUUAUGACCUGCGUGCCCAUCUCCAGCAAAUCAUGAUGUUUUCUGAUGAUGAUGAAGAUGAUGAUGAUGAGUAUGAUUCAUCAGAACUUGAUGAUGAAGACGAUGAUGAGAGCCUUGAGAGUUUUGAUGACACAGAUGAUAGAGAUGAUGAACUGCGUAAACUUGCCCAGGACGCCCCAGAAGACGGUCAGAUAAGAACUCCGCUACCAACUGGGAUGAACAAUUGCCAGUCACUCAUUCCCAUAAGUGAAGAGGAUGGUGAAGAUCUUGAUAGUGAAGAAGAAAAUGAACUAAUGAAGGAAAUCCGUAAUGAGAUUACCAACAAUGUCAGGGAAGAGAUGAAAUCAGAGUUAGAACUUUACAAAGCUAAACUGAAGAAAUUGGAAGGAAAUGCUGAUGGUACAGAAGGAGAACAGGGAAAAGACAGUACAGGGGGCUUACAUACAGACCUGGAAAACUUAGAUCCAAAACUUAGAAAUGCUAUUAUAAAAAUGCGAAAACUUGAUAAAAUACUUACAAAGAGAGUGAGACGAGAAAAAGAGGUUAAAAGGGAUAGAAUUUUACUGGAAAGAAGAAUGAGGAAAGAGAUAGAAGAAAUAAACAAAGAAAAGAAAGAUGAAUAUAAAGAAGUAUUAAACAACGAACACAAGUUUUUGGCUUUAGAAUUGCCUCAAAGGCACAAUGAAGGUGUGACAGUACCUGAUGAGUUUACAGGUGAAGAGGUUUUUGCCACCCAGCUUAAUGAAGAUGAAUAUCCUGGCCUUCAUAGAGGAAAUAAAUCAAGAAAAGGUCAGACUGCCUCCAGCCAUAGAAGUCAUGGUGAAAGUGACAGACCAGGCAGUGAGGGAGAUACAAGCUCUGUAGCUAGUGGAAGUACUCAAGGAUCAAAACAUAGACAUAAGAAUAAAAGAAAGAAAGACUUUAUUAAAAGAAAUAAAGAGUUGGCAGCAGAUGCCAGUAAUGCUAUAGCUAUGACAGAAGAGGAGAAGAAAAGAUUAGAUGAUCUACUUAAAGAUGUAGAAAAUAUUCCAGAUAUACCAAAUACUGCUGCACUGGAUGAGAAUAAUCCAUUUGAGCUGGCUAUCCGACCUGGGGAAGGUUUUGUUCCGGAUCAGGAAGAGUUACGUUCCUUGACUUCUAUAGAUUCUCGGUUGCGGGAAAUUAUGCCGCCUGACGACUAUCAGUCAAUCGCCUCUUCCUCGAUGAGUCAUUUACCUCAGAAUAAGCUGUUCACACAAACUGGGGUAAAACAUUCUUUUGACUGGGAAAAUCGGGGCGAGAGGGCGCUGUUUCAAAAUGCAGAGCAACGAGAAAUGAAUGAGCGAAUGUUUCAUAUAGAUGAGGAACUAAUACGACUAAAAAAUCCUGAGGAUGAGCUUGAAACACCAAGACUAGGAGAGGACCAGCUUAAAGAUCUAAUUGAACAAUGUGUGACAUCACUUUCUAUGUCCUCAAUGUCAAGGUUGACCUUGAACUCAGAGUCAAGGACAUCGUUUGCAGACACAGCUUCUGAAAUCAGUCAUGUAAUAGAUGGAACAACAGACAAUACUCCAAGGUCUCCAAGGUCAGCGAGACAGGAAAUUUUAGAUAAUCCACCAAAACUACCACCUGAUGUGUUACAGAAACUUCUGUCAGAGGCCUACAACCCUCUCUCCAAACAUCUUAGUACUCUAAAAGAAGAGGAUGAUGAAGAUGAGGAUGAGGAAACCACUCCCAUACCAUCUGAAGUCUGGAAGUUGAUCUCCAUGGAAACUGUGGAUGAAAGUCAGACAGUUGAAAGCAUUACAUCUAGUAUAGAUACUCAAAGUAAUGAUAACAAGGCAUUUGAAUCUGUCAGUGAAAAUAAUAAUAGAAAUAAUCCAGAGACCAGUCAUGUAAGUGCUAGAAAUGGAUUAGGUAACUUUUCACGGACUUCAUCUGCAUCAAGUAUUGCCAGUGUGUCCAGUUUAGGGACAGGAAGGGAUACUAAAGAAAAGGAGCCAUUAAAAUUGCCUGAAAUAGAUCCCUCGGGGACACUUGUUACACAAGGUGUGAACAAUCAAAGACGACCUAGUAGCAAUUCCUCAGUACAUACACCCGUGAACAUGGUGCUUAACAGUUUUUCUGAAUCAAGGAUGGAUAGUUUUGAUGCUUCAGAUUCAAGACUUGAACUUUUGUCCUUGGAUGGUGAAAUGAUGAGCCCUCAUCCUCCAAAAAUGGAAAGGCGGGAAGGAAGUGGAAGCAAAUCAAGGACAAAUAUGUCGGCUGGCCGGUCAAAAGUCAUGUGAUAUGUUAUAACAAAGUGUUACUUAACAAAGUGUUACUUAUAUAAAAUAAUAUAAAAGCCAGAAGUAUUGUCAAAGGUGCUUAUUUAGGGUUUAGUUUCUUUGUGAUCCACCAAUGAAAAUUGCUCUGGGGGCAAGGGGAAGGGUGUAAAUGUGCACAGAGCAUGAGUUGUCACCGUUGAAAAUUUAGUUAAAGGGAUAACGUAAAUGAAUUAAGUUUUUCACCAUCAUUGAAAACUUCAGGUGACAAGGAGCACAUUAAGUUACCAUCACCAUUGAAAGUUGUUGGGAGGUGCAAAUUGGAUUUGCUGACAACAGUAAAUGAGUGGAUUUUCCAGUUAGCAAUUGCCAUUGAAUAUUUUGAGUAUGGGAGGGGUAUUUUGAACAGGCCAUCACAAGUGAGAGAUUGGGGUGAAACUUUUGUUGAAACUUAGU